AUGCAACGCACUCACAUCAGUCCCACCGCUGUCUUCGUUCCCUCUCCUCACCCUCACAUAUUUUUCUCCCUCCACCCCCUCGUCGUCCCUCUCCUCACCCUCCAAUCCCUCGUCUUCCCCUCUCGUCUCACUCUACCCCCCAGCGGCACCAAUCGCCACCACAAGCGCGCAGCAGCAUAUCUAGUCAAGGCCGUGUCACGCCACGCUGGCGCUGAGCUGGCAGAGGCGGGCGUGCUACCGUUGCUGACGGAGUGCCUUCUGGAUGCCAUGCUGGCAGUGCGGGAGACUGCUGCGUGCGCAUUGGGCCACGUGGCGAAGCACAGCGGUGACAUGGCGAUGAGAGUGGUAGAGACGGGUGCAGUGCGGUUGCUGGUGACAUGCCUUCAGGACGAGGCUGUAGCGCGGAUAGCCCUCUCAGUGUUGAGUGACGUGGCACGCCACUCGCUGCUGCAUACUACAGCCGUGGCUGAUGCGGGCGGCAUUACCGCCGCCGUCGCUCUGCUGGGAUCACCUGACGUCAAGACAAGGCGCCAGGUCUGUGUUUGCCUCUCUACCAUCGCCAGACACUCUGAGUCCCUCGCUCUGCAAGUGUUGGACCAACCCGGAGCAUCUCGUCUGCUGCUCUGCCUGCACGACUCGUCCCCUUCCCUGCGGGCAUCAGCAGCAGCGGCAGUGAGGGAGGUGGCGAGGCAGGGACCGGCAGCAGCAGGCAGGCUGGUGGGCAUGGGGGGCAUUGGUCCGCUGCUUGAUGCUGUGGGCACGUGGAGGGAUGCAGGGGAGGGGGAGGGGAUGACCAAAGGCUCCGCCAAGGUUUCAGUGGUGGUGGCCCUCGGCUUCCUCGCAGCUUCCUCCCCUGAUGCAGCGCUGGCAGUGGUGGCAUCGGACGGCAUAUCCCCGCUGCAGGAUCUGAUAGUGGAGGGCCAUGCUCACGUCACUCUCAAAGGGGCGUGUGCGUGGGCGCUGUCGCAAAUGGCCUCCCAUGGCCCCAGCCACGCCAAGGCAGUUUCAGACAGUGGCGUGUUGAUCGACAUGGUAACAGCAGCCACCGUUCACCUCCCUGCUCCCAACCCUGCUGCCGAGCCUGCCGUUGCUACCACGGCGGAUGGUGCGGCUGUUACACCCACUGCUUCUGAUGCACGAGGCUCGGCAACGGAGGCUCGGGAGCGGUUGGUGCGGGCAGUGAAGGACGUGGUGGUUCGGUUGAAUGACAUCGAAGCUCUUGAUGCGCUGCUGCAGGUAUACUGCUGCCCUUCUGGUUCAUGCCUUCAUCCACCAAUGUUGCCCUCACUCACACACCCCCUUAUUGUUUUUUCUCCUCAUGCCUUCAUCCACCAAUGUUGCCCUCACUCACACACCCCCUUAUUGUUUUUUCUCCUCAUGCCUUCAUCCACCAAUGUUGCCCUCACUCACACACCCCCUUAUUGUUUUUUCUCCUCAUGCCUUCAUCCUCCAAUGUUGCCCUCACUCACACGUCACCUCACACUUCCUGCUGCUUCCAAGCCUCCCCCUUCUCUGGCCUGUGUCCUUCUCCCUUCCCCCCUACUCCUCCCCCUCCCCUCUUCCCCCCCCCCACCCUCCUCCGUUUCCCCCAUACAGUGGACAAAGCUGCCGGACGGCAUACUGGAGUCUGUCCUGCAUCGCAUGUCUUUAGUGCUCGCUAAAGACAAUGCCUGCCGGCCAGCCUUCCUUGCGUCGAACGGCUUCACCCGUCUGCAGCGCCUGCUACAGCUGGCAGAGGCAAAGAGAGCCGCUGCUGCUGCCGACGCCGCCGCAAACGCUGCCGCCUCUGCCGCUGCUGACGGUGCAAAUGCUGAGAGCCCAGGAGACCGGGCGGCGAAAGUGACCCGAUUCGAUCCUGCCUCGGUGCGUUGCAUAGAGGGCGGCGUGGAUUGGGACCUAGUGGAGGAUCACGUGUCAUCUAUCAACUCGCUCUUCCCAUUCGAGGUGUCCCAAUUCUACUCAGCAGACUACCAGCAGCACCUCUUACAGAAGCUCUCAGACAGUGUCAAGCCGGAGUGGGCUGCCAUUGCCACGGCAGCUGCUAGCCCCCGAGCCAUGUCGAUCAAGGCUCGGGAGGGCAGGUUCGUGAGGGGCGGGAGAAGGCCGGUUGAUGUGGAGGAGGUGGGGAGAGGGGGGUGGGAGGCUCCUGAUUUGGGACCGGUGAUGGAGGAGGAGGGUGAGGGGGAGGAGGAUGGUGGGGAGGAGGAUGAGGGGGAGAUGGGGGAAGGAGGAACGGGUGGGGAUGGGGAUGGUGGCGGUCUGGUGGUGGAGAAUGUGCGAGUGGAGGAUGAUGGUAGUGGGGAGAUGAAGGAUCGAAGUGGGGGGGUGAAGGAUGAAAUUGGGAAAGUGAAGGCUGGAAAUGGGCGGAUGACAGAUGCUAAUGGGGAAAGGAAUGAUGGCAACGGGGGAAGGAAGGAUACAAAUCGGGAUAUGGAGGUUGGAAAUGGGGGAAUGAAGGAUGGUUUGGACAUAAUAUCGGCGAUUGAGUUCGAUCGUAGCGGCGAGCACCUGGCGACGGGCGACAGAGGCGGGCGAGUGGUGCUGUUUGACCGCAUUGACCUGCGCGACGCUCGGGGUCGGCGGGAGAUGGAAGCGAGCGACUACCCCCCCGCCGCGCACCAGCAGAUCGACUACCGCUACUCCACCGAGUUCCAGAGCCACGAGCCUGAGUUCGACUACCUCAAGUCGCUGGAGAUAGAGGAGAAGAUCAACAAGAUCCGGUGGGUGAACUCCUCGCAGGGCGCCCUCUACGUGCUCUCCACCAACGACAAAACCAUCAAGCUCUGGCGCGUCACCGAGCGCCGCGUCAAGGCCGUCUCGCAGUUCAACUGCCCGCCCCGCACAGCCGCAGACUACCUCGCCUCUGCCAACGCCCCAGCCGACCCAGCAGCAGCAGCGGAUGCGGUCCCGACGCCGCCGGUUUCGGUGCCUGGCGGGGCGCAGAUCAACCCGCGGUACCUCCCGCGCCCCGGGUCGCUGUCUGCUGCGUCGGCGACGGCGAGAGCGGUGGCGGCUGGUGCUGGAGCGGUGCUGAACGGUGUGGGCGAGGGCAUGGACCUGGACUUUCCUCCUGGAGGGUUUCCCCAACUGCGCCUCCCUGCUGUGGUGUCAACCAACGAGACCACGCUGGUGGCGCGGUGCCGCCGUGUCUUCUCCAACGCGCACGCCUACCACAUAAACUCCAUCUCCUGCAACAGCGACCGUGAGACGUUCAUAUCAGCGGACGACCUGAGGGUGAACCUGUGGAACCUCGAGAACAACUCGCAGAGCUUCAAUGUGGUGGAUAUCAAGCCCGCCAACAUGGAGGACCUCACAGAGGUGAUAACGUGUGCGGAGUUCCACCCAUCGCACUGCCACUCACUCGCCUACUCCACGUCCAAGGGCACCAUCCGCCUCAUUGACAUGCGCCAGUCCGCCCUCUGCGACCAACACUCCAAGCUCUUUGAGGAGCAGGAGCCUCCCGGCAACCGCUCUUUCUUCUCGGAGAUCAUUGCAUCCAUCAGCGAUGUCAAGUUCUCCAAUGACGGCCGCUACAUCUUUAGUCGUGACUACAUGACCGUCAAGCUGUGGGACAUCCACAUGGAAGCGCAACCGCUGGGAACGUUCAAAGUGCAUGAGUUCCUGCGACCCAAGCUGUGCGACCUGUACGAGAACGACUGCAUAUUCGACAAGUUUGAGUGCACGCCCAGUGGGGACGGGCUGCGAUGCGCCUCUGGCUCCUACAGCAAUCUGUUCCGGGUGUUUGGAGUGGUGCCAGGGAGUGACGAGGCCUCACUGCUUGAGUCCUCCAAAACACCAAACAGACACCAGCCAAGGGAGGGGGCAGGGCAGGGGCACGAGGCCGGAGGGAUGCAAGAAGAGGUGCGUGGAGGAUGA